ACAGAAACACGGCACACACAAAAAAAAAUUAAUUAAACCAAAUUUGUAGUGUUAUGCGGAGUGUGGUGUGGGUGUUGCUAUUGCUGCUGCUGCUGCCGCUGACGUUUAAUUUUUAUAGUCCUGGUCCUGGCCAAAGAUCUAAUCAUAUAGCCUACGCAACGACAUCAUCAACAAGAUAAAAAGUAAUUUAGAUUGCCAAAAGCCAUCAGAGUGUGCCAUGAUGUUGGACGACGAUAACUCGGAUCUUUUGGUUUGCGCAUCUGAGAUGCAAGAAGACCUUCUUUACUUUGUGGCAUUCAAGAAGAAUAUCAAACCAAAGAACACAACCAACACCCACUAUUUUAACAUUGACGAUGAAUAUAUCUAUGAGAAUUUUUAUAAUGAUUUUGGCCCGCUCAAUAUAUGUAUGCUAUAUCGCUAUUGCAUGAAGUUGAACACCAAAUUGACGGCCAAAUGUCACGCGAACAAGAAAAUUGUACAUUAUACCUCUAUGAAUCCAGCAAAGCGUCUUAAUGCGGCAUAUCUGAUUGGUUCGUAUGCAAUAAUCUACCUGAAUAAAACACCAGAAGAGGCAUAUAGACCUUUGGUAUCUGGUGAUAUACCGGCUUAUACCCGUUUCUGUGAUGCCAGCUAUGGGCCAAGUAAUUUCAAAAUCUCUCUAUUGGAUUGCCUCAAUGCCAUACACAAAGCCCAGCAGUGUGGAUUCUUUAAUUUCGAUGAUUUCGAUGCUGAAGAGUAUGAGUAUUUUGAGCGUGUGGAAAAUGGUGAUUUCAAUUGGAUUGUGCCACAGAAAUUUAUUGCAUUCUGUGGGCCACAUCAGAAGAGCAAGACGCUGCCAAAUGGUUAUCCGUGCCAUGCGCCUGAACGUUAUUUUACAUAUUUUCGGGAUAAUAGUGUGACGACCGUGAUACGUUUGAAUGCCAAGGUCUAUCAUGCCUCAUCCUUUGAGAAUGCUGGCUUCGAUCACAAGGAUCUGUUCUUUAUCGACGGAAGUACACCGAGCGAUGCCAUACUGAAGAAAUUCUUAUCGAUCUGUGAGACCACCAAGGGAGCCAUAGCAGUGCAUUGUAAGGCCGGAUUAGGUCGCACAGGCAGUCUAAUUGGAGCCUACAUGAUGAAGCAUUAUGGCUUUAGUGCAUUGGAGGCUAUUGCCUGGCUAAGAUUAUGCAGACCAGGUUCAGUGAUUGGUCAUCAGCAACAAUGGAUGGAGGAUAAGCAAAGUUGGCUGUGGUCCGAAGGGGAACGUAUGCGACGACGCUCAUCAAUGCCCAUUCUUAAGCAUAAAUAUGGCAUAAAUAGUUUGAAAUUGAAAGCCAAAUUGGCUGAGGCAGCGGCAGCAACAGAUUCUACCGAACAUAUGGAUCUAUUGAUGACACGCGUCAAGGGCAUUUCACAGCGUGUGGAUACAAUGCACUUGAAUGAUCCCGAUACCAUAGAUGCUGCAAGUGUUGCCUGCACCGAGGAAUAUCUGGCCGAGCAACAGCAAUUGGCCCAGGAGUUCUUCGAUGAUCCCAAUUGUAAUGUUAGUGAUAAUGAUACGGAUACGGCAAGUGCGGCAACAACAACAACAACCACAGAACAGCCAUUGGCCUCUACGUAUAGCAUAUCAACGCGUCGACGUAAAUCACCAUCGGGAGCAAAUAAAUCGUCAACAGUCAUAGCCACUUCGUUGCGGCGUCUUGUCAAUCCGACAAAUAGUCGUACUAAUAUUAACAAUCAUCAUCUACCAAGUACGACAACAGCACAGCAAUCUAACGUGGGUAAUAUCAACAUGCAAGAGCCAUCUGGCAGUAGUUGUUCGGAGAAGAAACAAAGAAAACCAAGUGCCAGUGUCUUUGAGGCGGCACGUCAUACAAUUGCAUCAUCGGUGCGAAUGACCCAAACGGCAUUGGAAAAGAAACAGCAGCAGCAGGCACAAACCCAAGGCGAUAAACUCAAUCAGAUCAAGGCCCUAAGAAGGCAUCAUUCGCGUUCGGUUAAUGUUAAUGGCAAUAAUGAUCAGGAUGCUAAUCUUCGUCAUACCCGUGCACGUUCUCAGCCCUUCCGUAAUAACAACCAAAAUAGUGUGAUGGCUACGCUUAAAACUUCGGGUAGUAGUUGUCUAACUAGUGGAACUACAGCAGGAACUAGUGGCAGUACAACAGCAGCUGCGACAUUGGCGAAUAAUCUUAACAACAACAAUAAUAAUAAUCUAAGCAAUUCCUUGCAUAACUAUAACAACAACAAUACGAAUAAUAAUAAUAAUAGUAACACUAGUAACAACCUGUUGGCCUCUUCGGGCAGCAGUCGCACCCGCAGUCUGGCCAUUUAUAGCAAAAGAAUGGAAUUGAAGCAUCUACGUAAAGUGGAACAGCAGCAACAACAUCAUCAUCAUCAUCAAGAGUCGUCCAUUGUCAAGCCCACAUUAGCGACCAGCAGCCAGGCCUAUGCCACAAUAAAUGAAAGUAAAAUUCCUGUGGUCGCUGGUGGUGCUAAUGCGGCGGUUAGUGGUGGUGCCGGCAGUUCAGCCACUAUACCACCCACGCGGGGCAUUGCGGCCCGUACAUCUCAUCAUCAUAUGACUCUUAGGGGUCGCUCACGUAUACGAUAUCAGCGUCCGAGCGGAACUGCUGCUGUUGCUGCCGCCGCCGCUCCUGCCACUGUGGGUGGUGGUGGUGAGACGACAGCGGUUUCGGUUACGGCACGCUAUUAUCGUGAUGUUUCAGCCAUACCCACUAUGGUGGGUUCUGCUUUUGGUACAGCGGCUUGUUCACCCACCGCAGCUGGUGGGAUUAGUUGUUAUAAUAUAACCACACGUUCAUCAUCGGCUACGCUUGAUCUCAACUCUAAUCCUUUGCCAACGACUGCAACAACAACAGCAACUGCAAUAGCAGCAGCAACGACAACAACAACAACAACAUCAACAACGACAACAACGAAGUCCAAAAUACCCCAAAACAAUCACAAUCACAACCACCACAACAACUACAACAACAACAACCACAACAACGACAACAACAAUUGCAAUUUAAGUAAUUCUCCUCAACUCCAACCACCCCCUCCCUCUUCUUCUUCUGCCUCUUCCUUAGACCACGGCCGUCUUAGUAGUUGCAACACACGCAGCGGCAGUACCGAUUUACAAGCCAUCAUUGAGCAUAGCUUUGUUGGCCAAUACAAACGCAAUAAACGUUCUUUAAGCUCCACACGCUUGGAGAAGGACAAAUGCGAUGAGUACAAUACAAAGCUACAGCGCAAGACGACGGCAGCGGCAGCCGCAGCAGCAGCAGCAGCAGCAGCGGCAGCAACUACCAGCACCAACAACUCCAAUUCAUCUUCAGGCAACAUUAACAAUAAUAACAAUAAUAAUCAUCAUCAUCACAUUGGCCACAUGGCAAAUGGCAGCAACAAGUGCAAUAUCAGCAGCAGCAGCGGCGGUGGCGGCGGCGCCGGCAGCUUUAAGCUAUCACGUCGCAUAUUUGGUGAACAUUCGGGCUCGUCUGCUUCUACAUCAGCAUCGAAUUCGGGUAUCCCCACACCCACAACGGCUCCGCCCACAUCCCAUUGGCAGCAGCAACAUCAACAAUCCAAUCCGAUGCCAACGUCGAGCCGUGCCACCAGCAAUCGCGAACAGCAGCAACAACUUUCGCUGAAAUUGCGCAAGAAGAUAAGCUAUUAAGAUAUUAUUAUUAUUUACUUUUUCGGCUUUGCAUCAACCAUUCGAAACUAUUUUCUUGUAAACAAAAUUUUAUUUCUACAAAAUUUACCAGUUUUACGUAAGGUCAAACAAAUAUGUAUUAAAGUUAAGAUAAAACUCCAAACGGAAUAAUUGGUCUGAAGCCUUCCUCCUUGUGUUGCAUAAAGAAAACUUGUGAAAGGAAAGUUAGA